AUGUCUAACAAGAGACAAGCAGCACAUGGCAAGCAGAACGUACAUCAGAACCAGAAAGGCAAGCAAGCAGCAGCCGCAACAGCCGCUGCUCCAGCUGCAGCCACUACUGAACAGAAGCCAGAAGCUCCAAAGGCUAAUUAA